GGCUCCAGCUAGUGUCAGGCCAGAGAAUUCUGCAGGGACAGGAAGGCUGUGAAGGUGCAGGUGGCGGGGGCGGAGUCAGACCUAACCUUGAGUGCCACCUGCUAGUUGGUGCCACUCAACUUCCGAGGCUCAGCAUCCUCCUGUGGGAAACGGGACUCUCAUCACUGGCCUCACAGGGUAACUCAGGGGACUCAGGAAGUACUGCACGUGAGAGCAGUCCCAGGCCCCCGAUAGUGGCAAUUUAUGAUUGUGGCUUCACUUUUAGGCUAGGGCCUUUUUGCAGCCUGAUGUGAGGCCCAGGAAGAGAUAAAGGGGCAAAGACAGGCCAGAGCCUCAUCGGAUGGCAGAGCUGGGGCAGGAAGAGCUCAGGGAGCCUUGGGGCCAUCCCCCUUGUUUUACAGACGAGGACCCUGGAUAAAAUGUUUUACCAAGAAUUACACAAAUUGUAAGUGGUAGGGCCAGGACACAGACAGGGAGUGUGGUUCCAAAGGCCUAUGCUUUCCAGUCAACUAUGCCGCGUGCACAGCCUCCCACCCACCACCAACCCAGCUGCCCUCUGCUCACUCGCUCAACAGAUGUUUACUAACAUCAGAUCCCCCUGCUCUGGCCCCCAGGGCAGCCCCGGGCUUCCGAGAAGGACCCAUAUCCACCUCUGGCCUCACUCUGCCCAUAUGUACUUUCUGGUGACUUCUUCCUUGCUCCCUUUCCCACUAAUCCAACCAGGAUGUUCCAGAACCAGAUUUAAGACGCUUUGCUCUCUGAGACACACAAGUGCACCCACAGAGGAGGGACAUGGUCCUGUGCGGAGACCCUGUGGCAUGCACUGUCUGAGCCAUCUGCCCCAUCCCAGAGGAAGACCUCAGGGUCACCCCACCCACAUGAGACCAGCCCUGCAGCAAGCUCUCCUGUCCCACCCAUCUCUCCUCCUCCCUUGGAGAAGCUCUCCUGACUCUGCUGUCCAGGUAGGCCCCUCUAUGAUUCUCAGGAGGAUCCCAAUGGCUGGGCACCUCUGCUUCCCGCGCUGGCCACAGCUGCUGGACAGCAGGGACUGUUGCACUUACACCUGUAUCAAUACACCUGUGCUCAAUAGUCACAUGGUGCAGGAAGGAGUGUGUGGCCAGUAAGUGGAGCUAAGUCUAGAUGCCACCAGAAGCUGGGCAUGGUGGUGCAACGCCUGUGGUCCCAGCUACUCAGGAGGCUGAUGUGGAAGGAUUACCUGAGCUCAGGAGUUCCAGGCUGCAGUGAGCUAGGAUCAUGCCACUGCACUGCACUCCAGCCUGGGUGACAGACUGAGACCCUACUCGAAAAAAAAAAAGAUCCUAUCCGAAUAUGGGGCAAGUCCGAAA